GAAUGGGUGCGUAUUAAGCUUACCGGUACCGGUAUCGAUGAGGCUGGUGUACAUGUGGCUGUGCGCUAUCGAUACAUGUCGCUGUACGAAGAUUUUCGAGGAGGAAGAAAAACAUAAUCGAACAAUUCCGCCGUUAUGCCUUCUUUAAACAACCCAAAUAAGAUCAAGCACACUCACAAACGUCACAAGGCCAGACCCUCAGCGGCCAAGGCCCAACGUGCUCGCCAGGCCAUCGCUAACGGCGCCACUGUCAUCGAGCGCAACUCCUCCAAGGGCCCCGCUUUGGCCGUGACAGACCAAAUUCUGCAUGGUCGUAUCGACAGCAAGAAGACGUUGAAGAAGAAGGUUCGUGCUGGAAAGUACGCUCUGCAAAGACUGAAGGCCGCUGGCAUUACUCUCGGAGAGGACGGAGAGAUGAUUGUUGAUGAGGAGGAGGCUGUUGAGCAGACAAAGAAGGGCAAGAAGGUUUUGGUACAGAAGGACGAGGAGAUGGAGAUUGAGUCGAGUGGAAUGGGUACCGAAUUGGGUGGACCACCGCAGUGAACAUUGAGGGCGCUGUGUAUUUAUUUUGUUCUGAUUUAUUCUGGCGUUAAUGUGAUUUUAUUUUAACUGAUGUCAUUGUGGCUCUGUCGGGGCACAUGUCCAUG